UGUGCCCACGGCGUCGCCUGGAAGGAAGAGGAAGAAGAUAGAAGAGCGUCAAAGAGGGGAUCCUUCGGUCGUUCUCUUUCUCGUCUCUUCCGAGCGAGCAUCGAUGACGGCGGGCGAUCCCGAGAAGCGGCUUCAAAAUGUCAUGGACAAGCUCUACCGUGCGCCCAAACCCAAACCCUCUCUCCCCAGUGGGAAGAGAGCGGAAUCGGGUUGGACAGGGAGCUUCGAGAAGGGAAUGAGGGUUCCGGCCGUGGCGGCAUCGUCGAUGGGGCCCCUCGGGCCGGCUCCGCCAUGCCGGCCGUGGGAUCGAGGGGAUCUCAUGAGGAGAUUGGCUACGUUCAAGGCCAUGACUUGGUUCGGAAAGCCCAAGGCAAUUAGUCCUGUAAAUUGUGCAAGGAGAGGUUGGAUAAAUGUGGAAAUGGAUGUCAUAGCAUGUGAGGCAUGUGGAGCACGACUCCUCUUUGCAACUCCUUCUUCAUGGCCAUUGCAACAAGUUGAGAAGGCUGCUGCUGUAUUCAGCUUGAAACUUGAUAAUGGGCAUAAGCUUUUGUGUCCCUGGAUCGACAAUGCAUGUGAUGAGGCAUUAACUCUGUUUCCUCCUUCACCUCCUCAUGCUUUAUUGGAGAGCUAUCGUGAACGUUCUCUUGCACUCCUGAAGCUCUCUGCCCUCCCUGUGAUUUCAUCCUCAGCCAUUAAUUACAUGAAAAUGAAAAGUCCUCAGUUAGAAAACUUCCUCUCAGAGUCAUCUGAUUACCCAAUUAACUUGAGCAAGGGUAUUAAGAUUGUUGAUAGUUCAAUAUGCAAGGACAUGGAUGGUGGCUAUGGAACUGUUACAGCUGAUUUAUUUUACCAGGUUUGGAAAAUUAUUUGCCUGUGUGGGUGGGAACCUAGGCUACUUCCAUAUGUUGUUGACUGUGAAGACCGAUCAGAUCUGUUGGGAGAAAAUUCCCCUCCAUCAAAAUCAUCACCACCGAUACUCCAUGAACAGAAAGAUGGUCUAACCAUUUACUCGAGUGGAAUUGGUGAUAUUGAGUCGAGAAGUACUGGUGUUACUAAUGAUGACUAUGAUCCUGCAUCUGUUGUCUUAGACUGCAGAUUUUGUGGUGCUUGUGUGGCAUUAUGGGCUUUUGCAACUGUUCGACGCCCUUUAGAACUUUACACCAUAGUUUCAGAUUCCAGUAAUCAAAAUGAAGCAACCACUUCCAGAGUUCUAGUUUGUAAAACGGAAGCUUCUGGAGCUGUUAAUUUGGACUUGGGGACUUAUGAUUCUAGUAAAGGAGAUACUGAUACUUGCCAUGGUGGUUCAGCAAUGAAAGAAAAAUCACUAGGUUCGAAUUUGUCAAUUGCUGGUGGUCCUCCACCAAGAAGACAAAAUUUCCAACCACGAGUUUCUUUUCCCAUUGUUAGCCGACAUUUAAGAACUGAACUCAGUUCACACAGAAACUGUGUAUCACUUGAAUAUUCAUGCGAGAACCAAGUAAAUAAUGAGUGUUUACAAGUAGAAAGUGAUCCAUCUUGGCUUCAAAAUGAUACAGGUGGGGCUCUUGUUAGAUCACAUAGUCGAGGAUUGUUGAAGCGCAAAAGAAGUGAAAAUGAAAGUUUGUUUAGAGAUGGUGAUGCUAAUGCUCUAUCCCAACUGGACAAAGAUAUUCAUGGUGCAAGCAUUACUGGUGGUGGCAGUGCCUCCAUGGGUGGGAAGGACAUCAUUGAGCAUGAAGCCAACUUGCUGCGUCAGGACAGUAAUCUUCAAAACCAAGAAGUUGACACUCAAAAUACAUUAGAGGUUACCCAUGGAGAUAAAAAGGAUGCUGAGAGAGGAGAGGUAUCGCAUGAGAUAGCAGAGGGUGGAGGGGAAACUACAACUACAAAUGCUCUCCUCACCAUUAAGAAUCUUGAUGACACAGAAACUAAAUCUGCCACUGAAAAAGCAGACAUCUGCAGUAAAUCCAGCAACGAGACAAUACAUCAUGGUGGAAUAUCAAACAACGAUGGUGACUCUACUACCUCUGCUUCAGAUAUUGAUGCAGUUUUAUCUAUUAAUUGUGUAAAUGCAGAAAAAGGUGAAAAGGAUUGUGAUGUUAAGAUGAAUAUAGACAAUCUAACUAGCAAAGGAUUAUGUUUCAAAAAUGGAGAUGCAAAUGACACACUUGAGAAGGAAUCGACACGAAUGCUGUAUAAUAGAACCAGCCAGUUUGAUCCAAUCAGGCGACACAGGCCCUACUGCCCCUGGGUUGCUCCGGAUGAUGGUGAAGCUGUGCCUGGGUGGAAACUGACUCUCUCUGCUGUGGUUCAUCACAAGAAGGAUUCUUCUCUUGCAAGUUUAGAGACCUCAUCAACCCUGCUUGAUGACAUGGAUGAUCCCAUUGUUUCAGUGCGGAAGCUAUUUUCAUCCCCAUCCCCAAAAAGGUUGAAGGGUAGCCGUUGAUAGCUUAAAGAGGCUUGAGCCCAAACAUAUGAACUGAAAACUGCACUACUAGCAGAAUGAGGAUGCACUUAAUGACUUCCAAUCAGAGCUGCUCAAGUUGCCAGUGCAAGUACUUAUGUCAACCUAUGUGCCAAUAUCAUUUUGAUAUCUCACACACACACACACACACUCUCUCUCUCAAGAUGAAAAUAAGCUUCAGAUGACAGGGAUGUUGUAGUAGAAUUGAAGGUGUGGUUUCUGAACCAGUGAAGAACAUUCUUCGAGGUGAGAUGAGCUCGGAGGAUGCAUGUACAGAGAAUGUAGGUAAUGAAGUCUCUUACAUUGAAACAGUGUUUGUCACCCUUUGGACCAUAAAGGAGACUUAUUUUUCGGCACUCGUUUCAGCAACUGCUUUAAUGAUUAUGUAUAUAACCAGUAUAGUUUUUUGUUCUGCUGUUAGCUACUUGUUUUGUUUGUGAGCUUUCUGAGAUUCUCUUGGGAGUCUUCCCUCGGUACGGGUUUGUGUGCCCUAAGAUCAGGAGGAAUUGUGGACAUGCAACAAUUCAAGAAUUUGUAGGUCAUUUUGUUUAUUAUCAGUAAAAAAUUGAGGAACAUUGUGUGAAAUCUCGAACA